AUGUGUAGCCGGCACCCCGGAGCCGCCGUGGGCAUCAGCUCACCCAGGCCUCACAGGUCUGUGACUGACAAAUUCCCGGGCCUGGAAAUAUCUCUCAUCAGUAUAUUCCUGCUUCCUGGAACCCUAAGGGCUUUCUGGAUCUCUUGGGAAGCACUGGGUUAUGUCUUGCCUUUCCAGAAAGCCAUUGAUCUGGUGACAAAAGCCACAGAAGAGGAUAAAGCCAAGAAUUACGAGGAGGCGCUCCGGCUCUACCAGCAUGCCGUGGAGUAUUUCCUGCAUGCUAUCAAGUAUGAGGCACACAGCGACAAAGCCAAGGAAAGCAUUCGAGCCAAGUGCAUGCAGUACCUAGACCGGGCGGAGAAGCUGAAGGAUUAUUUACGAAACAAAGAGAAGCAUGGCAAGAAGCCAGUCAAAGAGAAUCAGAGUGAGAGCAAGGGCAGUGAUAGUGACAGUGAAGGGGAUAAUCCAGAGAAAAAGAAACUGCAAGAACAGCUGAUGGGUGCUGUUGUGAUGGAAAAGCCCAACAUUCGGUGGAAUGACGUGGCUGGGCUGGAGGGGGCCAAGGAAGCCCUCAAAGAAGCUGUCAUUUUACCAAUUAAAUUCCCACACUUGUUCACAGGCAAGCGGACCCCUUGGCGGGGGAUACUGCUCUUUGGACCCCCCGGCACAGGGAAGUCCUACCUGGCCAAAGCAGUGGCAACAGAGGCCAACAACUCCACCUUCUUCUCUGUGUCCUCCUCAGACCUGAUGUCCAAGUGGUUGGGGGAGAGUGAGAAGCUAGUCAAGAACCUGUUUGAGCUGGCCAGGCAGCACAAGCCCUCCAUCAUCUUCAUCGACGAGGUGGAUUCGCUCUGUGGAUCCCGCAACGAGAAUGAGAGUGAGGCCGCCCGAAGGAUCAAAACGGAAUUCCUGGUCCAGAUGCAGGGGGUGGGGAGUAACAACGACGGGACCCUCGUACUUGGUGCCACAAACAUCCCGUGGGUGUUGGAUUCCGCCAUUAGGAGGAGGUUUGAAAAGAGAAUUUACAUCCCAUUGCCAGAAGAGGCUGCCCGCGCCCAGAUGUUCCGGCUGCACCUGGGGAGCACUCCCCACAACCUCACAGAUGCCAACAUCCAUGAGCUGGCCCGGAAGACGGAGGGCUACUCGGGCGCAGACAUCAGCAUCAUCGUGCGGGACUCCCUCAUGCAGCCAGUGAGGAAAGUGCAGUCAGCAACACACUUCAAAAAGGUCUGUGGCCCUUCCCGCACCAACCCUAGCAUUAUGAUCGACGACCUCCUGACCCCAUGCUCACCAGGCGACCCAGGGGCCAUGGAGAUGACCUGGAUGGAUGUCCCUGGGGACAAACUCUUAGAGCCUGUGGUUUGCAUGUCGGACAUGCUCCGGUCUUUGGCCACCACUCGGCCCACCGUGAAUGCAGACGACCUCCUGAAAGUGAAGAAAUUCUCAGAGGACUUUGGACAGGAGAGUUAAAAGCUUCUUGACUUGUGUGAUGGUGAAGGUGGGAGGUUGAUUGGGGUAAAUUCAUGGUCCUCUCCAUGUCGGUGGCCUGACAGGGCUCCAGGGCUCAUCCUAAAGUCACUAUGGCGUCCCCUCUGCUGUCUGGCCACCAGCUAGGGAGCAGGAAGGAAGGGCUUCCCUGGCCGCAGAGUCGCAGAAGCACAUUUGGCUUGGGAAUAUUGGCGCUUCCUCCUCCUCCAGCUCUCCUGGAUGCUCACCACCUCCUUGUCCUGCCUCUUUGGUUUUUUUAAACCAUUUUUUGUUCCCCUAAAUUAAUGCUGCUUGGAUUUUUGUCUUGUUUAUAAAUAAAGUUAAAGUCUCCCCAAAGCAUCAAGGAGUAGGAGCUGCCCGUGCUGUGGGGUAGGGGCAGCAGACCUCCAGAACGGCUUGCUAGGCCCCAGCUGCCCGCCUCUUCUAGACCCAAGUUUCACUCCUUGUGAACAGAAUGGCUGAUGCCCGGGGUGCCCAGCCCAAGCCCUGCCUGUAAAGGCUGAGAGUAAAGCUAAGCCAUUUGCUGCCUCUGGGCCCUGUGUCCUCCCUGCAGGAGGAGAGGAUGGUUUUUGUGAGCACAAAGCUGUGUAGGUCCGAACAAGUGAAGGCAGUCAGGCGGGUUUCACUGCUGCCUUUUCUUCCCUCUGAAUGUGAGAACACCAAACCCAGCCACUGCCCCUGGGUCCCUGUCCUGAAAGUGGGCUAAUAAAUCCUUUUCCCUUCUUGA